AUGAGUAAUCUAUUAAUGAGCGAGAAAUGUGACUGCGUGGGAUUGACCACGCAGCAUCCAACAAAACAUCAUUUGGAAAAUUAUAAUAAUUAUCAUCAAUUUGUUCAAAAGCGUAGGAAAUUAAACAAGGACAGUUUUAAUAGCCAGUCACAACCAAUUCAAUAUGUAGAGGAUAAUUUAAAUUUAGCGAAUCCUCAAGUAAAGCCACAAGAAAAGAUUUUUUCUCAAAAAUCUGUGGCCUCGUUUCCCACUCAUCGUCCACCUUCACAUUUUGGUCGAGAGUUUUGCGGGAGUUUGUGCAGGUCUUUAAAAGCUAUGCCAAAUAAAACAUGUUAUUGUUCUACGGAGUCUUACUCCGAUCCUACUCGAUAUGGAAUUACAGAUAAGACAUUACGGCAUUUUCCCAAUUCCGCUGUUCCGAUAUCUUCUGUAUAUAGUCCCACUACAUUUCAUACAUUUCAUUCGACUUCACAACAACAAACAAUGACCAAUAAUAAUGAUUACUUUUCAAGAAGAAUUGACCAGAACCCAUGUGUGAUAAAUAAUCAAUAUCAAAAUUUUAAGAAUAUGAUUCCUGUUUCUGUCAAUGUAACCAAUAACAAAAUCGUUCGAGAUCUUUUACCGGUUACUAAUCACCCUGAUGCUCCAAAAAACGAUAAUCAAGAAUUCUCUAUUCUCAAUAUAAUCCCAACCUUGAUAAGAGAAAAAGGUAGAAAGGCAGCAUUCGUUGAAAACUUAGUCGACACGGCUUGUCUUAUUGUGGAGGUAAUUUGGGCCAAUUUCUCAGUUAGUCCAAGCGCAAAAAUUAUUAGUCUACGUGUAUUCAUUCAGGAAACUUUGAGACGUUCGCGUACCUCUUAUUCAACGCUUCAGACCGCAUUAUUUUAUUUAAUCCGAAUAAAAUCCGAAAUAGCUAAUUUAUCUCGGUGUACUGAAUACUUGUCAACACCAGUAUCCGAAAACCCACCAAGUGUGAAACAAAAUUCAAGUCAAAACAAUGAUCCGGCAACAUGUGGUCGGCGCAUGUUUUUAGCAGCUUUGAUCGUCGCUUCAAAAUACCUCCAAGAUCGGAACUAUUCUAAUCGUGCCUGGUCUAAAAUGUCAGGUCUUCCGGUCAAUGAAAUCAAUACGAACGAAAUCUGUUUUCUCAAGCUUAUUGAUUAUAACCUUUUCGUGGCUGAAAACAAAUUUAAGCGUUGGAGUAGUCUUUUACUAACGCAUAUACAAGCUAUUUCAGGAACUGAUAUGUCAAAUCCGGAAGCAUUUAGAAUAGCGAGUAAUAGAAGAAAAGUUGUAAGAUUUCGCGAUACCUUAAAACUUUUAGAUCCAAAGACCAUAGAAAAUAUAAAUGACAAUUUUGGAGUAUAUCCCAUCACACCUGCAGAAAAUGUAUCCAAUUAUGUUCAAAAAUCAAAAUGGAACGAAAUUUGUAAUUUUGGAUUACAUAAUUGUAAACUUGAACAUAAUCAUAGUCAUUCAUUAGACAAGUUGUCACCCAAUGCUGAAUAUUUAAAUCAGCAAUGUCAUUUGUCGUCACAUAAUCCUAAUUUUGGAAAUGCAAUCAAUUAUGGAACUGUAUAUAAUAAUAAUCAAAUGUUGGCCAAUAAUUAUGAUAACAACUUUGAAGGAUGCCAAAAUAAUAGGAUAAGAAGAAUCCUUGUGCGAUCUUUUGCAUGA